CGGCAAAGAAAUUAGCCAAUGGAGAAGUCAUUUAAUACGAAAUUAUACAAUAACGCAUGCAUAUCCCUCCUAAACUCCAACGAGCGAGCCUAUGAUUGAUUGAUAUAUACACAACCAAACAUACAGCUAUCCUCAAGGUUUUUAAUUUUUAUACAUCCAAAUCUUUCCUACUAACAUUCACACUUCCCCAUAUUAACUAAUGAUUUAAGAACCUUUAAAAUUACAAUAUACUAUGUAUAGAGAAAUUACAAAUAUAGGAAGAAUAAGAGAAAGAUGCUCACUCCAACCACACGUACGUACAUGGUUCUAUUUUUUCUCGACAACAAUCAAAUAGAGAGUUCUACUAUACCUCGUAGACAUCUUAAUAUAAAUUCCAAUCUCCAUAUUUUACGAGAGCAAAAUCGAUAUACGUCUCAUGAAUUCACAAUGUUGACAUCAUGGUUUCUUAACGUUUUCUUCCUCGUCUUAGCCUCUGUACCGUCCAUAUUAUCGGCUCCAGCAACAAAUUUAACGAAAGACUAUUACCAAAAAACAUGUCCCGAUUUCAGUAAAAUCGUUCGCGAUACCGUUACAACAAAGCAAGCCCAACAGCCAACGACAGCUGCUGGAACGCUCCGUGUCUUCUUCCACGAUUGCUUUUUAGAAGGAUGCGAUGCGUCCGUACUAGUCGCUACAAAUUCUUUCAACAAAGCUGAACGCGACGAUGAGCUCAACGAGUCGCUUCCAGGAGAUGCGUUUGACAUCGUGACGCGCAUUAAGACCGCUCUUGAAUUGUCCUGUCCUGGUGUGGUGUCAUGCGCAGACAUCCUGGCUCAGUCCACGCGUGACCUUAUCACAAUUGUUGGUGGACCUUUCUAUGAAGUCAAAUUAGGUCGUAAAGAUGGGUUUGAGUCGAAAGCCCAUAAAGUUCAUGGGAACAUACCAAUAGCAAAUCACACGGUACACGACAUGAUGUCGAUAUUCAAAAAGAAUGGUUUCUCUCUAAAGGAAAUGGUUGCACUUAGCGGCGGGCACACAGUGGGAUUUGCUCACUGCAUAGAAUUCAGCAGCCGGUUAUUUGGACCACGGGCUGAUCCAGAGCUCGAUUCGCGAUACGCAGACCGUCUUAAAGAUCUAUGCAAGGAUCACAUGGUAAAUAAGUCGAUGGCGGCAUUUCUUGACCCGAUAACGCCAGGAAAAUUCGAUAAUAUGUACUUCAAGAACUUGAAAAGAGGUCUUGGACUGCUAGCUUCCGACCACGCCUUGUUCAAAGACAAUGGCACGAGACCGUUUGUGGAUUUAUAUGCGGAUAACCAGACGGCUUUCUUCGAGGAUUUUGCUCGUGCCAUGGAAAAACUAGGGAUGGUCGGCGUUAAAGGCGAUAAAGAUGGAGAAGUGAGACGCAAAUGUGAUCACUUUAACAAACUUGACGUAUAAUUAACAUCAGCCGAUGAAUAAAAGUGAGUUUGGACUUUGUUUAUAAUGCAUUUUUUUUGUAAGUAGUAAGUUAACUUAACAAUUUCCAGAGUGUAAUUUAUAUGUUUUAUCCUCCUGAAUUUUGAAUUAAUGUAUGUUAUAUAAAAGUACUAUUAGAUACUUACGGAAGAGAAUGACUUAUUUCACCAUAUAACUUUCUAAUACUCUCGAAAGGUGAAGCCUCUUCACAUACACGAGAACAGAGUGAUCGUCAACAUCAAGUAUUAUUGGGCUUAGGCCUAGCUUCAACGAAUAAAACCCAACCCGUUAUAAUUCGGGUCUAGUGAUUAACUUUUUGUUUAGUCGGGUCAACUUGUGACCUUAUAUGGCUCUAUUUUCGGCCUCGAUUAUUUUUCUAAUUUUCUCAAUUUCAAGAACUGUGAUUUUUUUUGUUAAAUGAAUGAUCUUUACUUUAAUUUAAUUUAUAUAAUACUAGUGAUUAGCCCACGAAUUAUUUUCGAGAAUUUAACGCUUAAUUUUCUAGUGAUCAUAUUCUGAUAACAGGCGUGAAUUGAAAGCCUUAAACGACCAAUAUCAUCUUUCUUCGAGUAACAUCUCAGGGAGUCUCCAAGCAAUGUUAGUUUGAGGUCAUGAUUAGUUCAAUUUGCGAUUUGG